CUGAUGCUGUGCUGGCGAGCAGCUGGCAUUGCGACGCUGCUAGCGACAUUUGGCAUCGCUCCUGCAGCGCCUAUUUUGAAGGUCAAUGUCAGCGACAGCGGCAGCUUUGAAGUGACUUUAGAUGGGACUCUGUGGCUUGAAGGUGGAGAGGUCCGUGUGGGACAUUUGAAUUCCUCCGAGUUGUCACGUACUGGUCGGCGUGAAGGGAAAGGGACGGAUGCGCUUGGAGGAUAUACCUACAAGACGAUUCAGUGGUCAAAGGCAGGCAGCAAGAGCACCCUUAUAGAGACCUCCUUCCGGACAUAUGAGGCAGACUCGAGCAUUCUCGUCUUUGAGCAGUUCUUCCCAGAAACAUUGUUUCUGCCAGCGCGACCAUGGGGGAAAACUAUGCAGGCUCCUGCAACACUCUUCCCUUCAUUCCGAACCUCUGGACCUGCAAAAGACCUGGACUGCUUCGCUUAUCAUAAUAUCUUCCCGUCCCUCCAGCACUGCACUUUGGGCAGCUAUGCAUCAAGCCACCAGGGGGGUGCCCCGCUGGUGAUCUACAAUGCCACGAAUGGCUCUGCCAUUUCAAAGCUUCCAUCCAUGACGGUAUUUUCACCCUUGACGACGCCAAAGGCUCAGCACAUGUUUGCAGGCGAUGGCCUCUUUGGUGCAGGUGUCAAAGGAACGGUCCGACAAAUUCCUGCUGGGUGGCAGCAGCUCUUCAUUCUGUCGGCUGGCAGCGGCAUUUUGGAUGGAAUGAUGUCAUGGGGAGAUCGGAUGCUGACAUUCACAGGAAAGCCUCGAGCUGAUAUGUAUCGUGAUGAUGUUGUGGGUAGCAUCGGUUUCUGGACCGACAACGGAGGCUACUACCACUAUGCAACUGGCACCAAUGAGACUUACGAGGAGACCUUGCCAAAGGUGAAGGCGUAUCAUGACUCCCUGGGAGUUCCCUUUAAGCAUUGGCAGUUCGACUCCUGGUUCUAUCCCAAAGAUGGUAAAGUCGAUCCUGGUGGUGGUGGAGGGGCGGUGGUCAACUGGACGGCCCUGCCUUCCGUCUUCCCCCAUGGUAUGGCAUAUAUUCAGUCGAAGCUUCAAGUUCCGAUGGUGAUGCACAACAGGCAGUGGUCGCCCACUUCAGACUAUGUAAAGCACGAACCCUUCAAGUGGCAUUUGUCCGAGAAGGCAGCAAUCCCAGAAGAUCCGGAGGCAUUCUUCAGGUGGUUCUUCACCCAGCAAGAAGGCUGGGGUCUAUCCAUGUACGAGCAAGAUUGGAUGUGUACAGAGUACGACAACGUCGAGGCGUUGCAAACCAACAUAUCGCUUGCAGACCUGUGGCUUCGUGGCAUGGCCAUAGGUGCAGCCAGCAGUGGCAGGACCGUGCAGUAUUGCAUGCCCUAUCCAUACGAUGUCCUCUCCGCAGCUGCCUAUCCAGCAGUCACAAAUGCUCGAGCAACAGGUGACUACAUAGACAGGGACACACAGUGGGCUAUCGGAGCGACGUCUAUGUUUUAUUGGGCCAUCGGCAUUCUCCCCUUCAAGGACGGUUUCUACUCAAGCAACCUCCCGCAGACUGGUGGGCAGAUCGUCGGCCCAGAAGAGCGGCCCAACCGGGCGACCCUGAUGGCCACGCUAUCAGGUGCUAUGGUUGGCCCGAUGGAUGGGAUCCACCUGCUGAAUGCCUCCAGAGUAAUGUCAACCUGCCGGGGAGACGGAAAAGUGCUCAAGCCGGAUAGGCCAAUCAUGCCACUGGAGUCUUGCUUUUCUAGAGGUGUUGACCCUGCCAGCUGUCACAAGUACUCCACUUACUCAGACCUAAAUGGUCUCGGCAGAGUCUUCUAUAUUUUCAUGGACGUGCCUGGCCCUUUGCAGCUCGACGAAGUGAUGCUGACAGGCCACAGGGCUGAAUCCUUUGCAGUUUACGACUGGUACAGCUCCAAAAUCACCUGGCUGAAUAGCACCAGCUUCACGCUGAGUGCCGGCUAUGAAGGUCAUGGAUAUGGUAUGCUUUCUCCAGUCGUUGGUGGAUGGGCUUUCAUUGGCGAGAGAGCAAAACUAGUGCCAGCAGCAUCUCUGCGUUUUAAGCACUUCACGAACAAGCAUGGCCUCACUGUGCAGGUUGCAGGGGUAACGAAUGAGCAGCUGGAGGUGUGUGCUGCGGAGAUGCAAUCUGGAUUGCUGGUUUGCAAACAGGUGAGCUUCCAGGUGUCCGGAACAACUGAGAUCGAAUUCUCAUCCACUACGGUUGCAUUCAUCUGAGCAUAUCUGAGCCAGUGCCACGUGUCUCACUAUUCUCACUGGUUUGAAUACAAACUUCUUACCAGUCAUAGCAGACAGCCCCUGAGGCUAUAGACAGUGUUUCAAGCUUGAGUGAGCAUGACUCGACGGGGCAGAUUCAAAA